AUGGCAGGCUUAAUACGGCUCAUCAGGACACAAUUCAACCCCCCAACAGACCCAAGGGUCUCAUUCGCUGGAAAGACAGUCGUCUUGACUGGUGCAACAGCUGGGCUUGGAUUCGAAGCCGCGAUCAAGCUGCUGAACCUAGGGGUUGAAUCAUUGAUCAUCGGUAGCCGAAGCCUACAGCGUGGUGAAGCAACUAAGAGAGAGCUAGAGAAACGCACAGACAGACGUGGCGUCGUACAGGUAUGGGAACUGGAAAUGAACAGUUUCCAGAGCGUGAAGGACUUUGCCGCCCGUGCUGAGGGGCUGAAACAGCUGGAUGUUGCGCUUUUGAACGCGGGCCUUUGGAAUCGGGAGUUCACUGCGUCAAAAGAGGGGUGGGAAGAGACAUUACAAGUCAACACGCUGUCCACUUCUCUACUGGCGCUCCUGCUGCUGCCGAAACUGCGAAGCUGCUCGACAGACUCGAGUCCAACUCAUUUGACCGUCGUCUCGAGUCAGCAGUUUGUCCGUGUUCAAGCGAAAAGCCUCCGGACGGAUGGGCCGUUGCUGGAGCAUCUCAAUGAUGCGCGUCGGUUCAGCGGGCCAAAACAGUACGGUAUAUCAAAGCUUCUUCUGGAGUAUGUCCUCAAGGAGGUAGCCGAGCGUCUGCGCAAUGAGAAUGGAAGAAUCCCGGUAAUCGUCAACACUGUCAGUCCGGGGCUUUGCGUCUCGUCACUUGGGCGACAAUAUACCAAGUUCUACCACCGAGUGGUUGUCUGGGUAAUGUAUAAGCUUUUUGCUCGCACGACAGAGCAAGGCAGCCGAUCAUUGGUUAGUGGAACAUACCAGGGCUUAGAAUCGCAGGGGAAAUGUUGGCGAAGUGAUGGAUAUCUGGAUGAAUCAACUGCUCUGACAUCUGGGGCAGAAGGAAAGCAGUUCCAGGCGAAAGCAUGGAAGGAGAUCGUGGCUGUUCUCAAGCAGCAAUCGGAAUUAGACGGUUUGCUUGCGCUUGACGCGGACGUUGCCACCGUGGUCAUGGCGUACAACAAGGCUUACAAUCCAGAUGCGCUUCCGGCACAUGCGGAGCCUGAACAGGUAGCGCAGAUGAUCGGUGCGAUGCAGUCGAAGCCUGGAAACCGACCUCAGCAUAGACCGCAAGUUACUUCGCCGGGUGGUCCAUACUCUGGCCCUCCAAACCCCCAUCAUCGACACCCUGUGCCGCCGCGGGCAGCCCUAGAUCGACCUCUACCCAAUGUCCCUCAGAACCAACAGCGCCCGAACGCCCUCCUCCACCCCUCACCUCCACCUCAGAACUAUGGCCAUGGACCGCCUCCGUCCCAACCAGUGCGCAACCGCCCUCCGCCUGCGUCACGUCCCCCGCCCACCCCGCAGCCGUUAGGUCUUCCCAACGACGACCAGUUAUUCAAUCUGUUUCGCGCCGCCAACUCUUCGCAUUCCGGGGCGCUCACUGAGCAGGAGCUGGGCUCUGCCCUGGUGAACGGCGACUUUUCCGCAUUCCACCCCAAGACGGUGAAGACGAUGAUCAACAUGUUCGACCGGAAUAGGAGCGGAUCAAUCUCGUACGAUGAGUUCGUGUCUUUGUGGCGGUAUCUGGCGGCUUGGAGGGAUCUGUUCGACCGGUUUGACGAAGAUCGCAGUGGGCGCAUCAGUCUCCGGGAGUUUGAGAACGCGCUGGUCACAUUCGGAUACCGCCUUAGCCAGCCGUUUGUGACGGUGCUCUUUACCACAUUUGAGAACAAGGGGCGGCGGGUUGGCAGCGGGCCUCAGGCGUCGGGUAUGAGUUUCGAUUUGUUUGUCCAGGCUUGCAUUAGCCUUCGGCGCAUGACGGAUGUGUUUAAACAGUAUGAUGAUGAUCGUGAUGGGUAUAUCACGGUCAGCUUUGAGGAGUUUCUGACGGAGAUACUUCAGUUACAGGAUUAA